ACACCGUAACUAUCAACUAAUCAAGAUGAAAGGAAUGAUAAAGAGUAUUAGACGAGCUCCACACCAAAUGAGCUCUAAAAUCGGUCGUGCUCAGACCACAAGUGACGCAGAAUUCGAUGAAUUUGAGCGUAGAAUGCAAAUCAUCGAAAUGGGUGCAGACAGAUUAGUUAAAGAUUCUCGUUUAUUCCGCGAUUCUGUACAAGGUUUGCUUAGAUCAGGUGCCGAUUUCGGUAAGGCUUUCGAAACUAUUUUCCAGCCAAUCGGUUCACAAGAUGUCGAUCUCGACAAAAAGAACCCUAGAUCUGAGUUGACACUGAACAACAUCACUCUAUAUCAGGUUUUGAUGGCCGAGCUGAAAGAUACACUUGCACCUGAAUUAGACUUGAUCGAGGGUAGAGUUAUGACCCCAGCUAAAGAAUUCAAAGAACUCCUCCAGCGUUGUCGCAAAACAAUCGUAAAGCGCAAUCAUAAGCUACUUGAUUUCGAUCGCUUCAACAACUCGCUUUCUAAACUCCGUGAAAAGAAAGAUAAGAGUAUGAGUGACGAGAAGAACCUUUUCAAGCUUGAAAAUGAGUUCGAAAAUGCUCAAGCCGAGUAUGAGCAUUACAACAACUUGCUCAAGACAGAGCUCCCACAGUUGUUCUUCAUGGCACAGAAGUUCAUGACACCACUCUUCCAUUCAUUCUACUACAUGCAACUCAAUAUUUACUAUCUAAUCUUAGACAAGGUUCAGAACUUCGCUAGCGACAAAUACGAUCUUAGCUCUGGUGACGCUGAAUCUGCUUACCUCGCGAACGAUCAAGGUGCUACUUUGCAAGUCGAAGAUCUCACGAAGCGACUCACGGCUCUUUCCACUGGUAAAUUCGGUGCCCAGAUAAGGAGAAAUAAAUCGAAGACAUCAGAGCAAUCGGCUGAGGGAAGCGCAAGUGGUGCAGAUGUAAAGUCACCUGCAGGUCCAUCAGGCUUGGGUAGAUCCUCAUCGGUUUUUAGCUCUGCGCCUCCGGCAUAUGAAGCAUCAACAAGUGCAUCUGCGGCCUCAAAAAGACCACCACCGCCACCACCGAUGAAACCAAAACCAAAAGGUACUACAGUUACAGCUUUAUAUGAUUUUGAACCACAGGCACCAGGAGAUCUUGGAUUUAGAGUUGGAGAUCAAAUUGAGGUUGUACAACGUACAGAUUCAGCCAAUGAUUGGUGGACCGGCCGACUGAAUGGCAGUGAGGGUGUAUUCCCAGGUAAUUACGUGCAAGAGAAUUAAAGGAUAAGAUAAAAUGUAUG